UAUUUAAUUUUAUUGAUACAGUAAAAUAUAAUAACGCAAAAAUACCUACAUCCGGCAAAUUUUGACGUUUCUAAUUCUUGUUGCUAUCUUCAGAGCAGUGAGUAAGCGAAGAGCGGUUUAUUGCGAGACGACCAUUAUCAUUUCAAGAUUUUAAUAUUUUCUGGAUUGAGCUAAAAAACAAAAACCAAAAUUCCGUCAAAAUUGUGCGCGUUCGUGCCCGAUGUCUAGUGCUGAAGUCGCCGAUAAUUCCGUUGACCCCCCAGCGAAAAAGCGGAAGCUAAAUAAAGGAGAAGCGAGUUGCAAAUCAUCAGCAAUGGCGAACAAUGGAACGCGUGUCGAAGAUGAGAUCGACGAGAGUUUGUAUUCAAGGCAGCUGUACGUUCUCGGGCAUGAUGCAAUGCGCCGCAUGGCUCAUUCCGAUGUCCUUGUCUCGGGAUUAGGGGGCUUAGGGGUUGAGAUUGCAAAAAAUGUGAUCCUUGGUGGAGUCAAAUCUGUCACCCUUCACGAUGAACGUACAUGCAAAGUAUCAGAUUUGUCCUCACAGUUCUAUCUUUCCGAGGCCUCUAUUGGACAGAAUAGGGCCGUGGCAUCAUGUGAACAGUUAGCUGAACUAAACCAUUAUGUGCCAACAACAGCAUAUACAGAGCCGCUUACUGAAGAAUUCUUGAAAAAGUUUCGAGUUGUGGUGCUUACGGGUGCAACUCGAGCUGAGCAGGAUCGUGUAGCUGCUUUAACUCACGCAAACAAUAUUGCGUUAAUUAUCGCUGAUACUAGGGGAUUAUUUUCUCAAGUAUUCUGUGAUUUUGGACCAGAAUUUACCGUUUUUGAUGUUACGGGAGAGAAUCCAGUGUCGGCUAUGGUAGCUGAUAUCACUCAUGAAUAUGAAGCUGUAGUUACCUGCCUGGAUGACACCCGCCAUGGUCUUGAGGAUGGAGAUUAUGUCACCUUCAGUGAGGUUCAAGGAAUGACAGAGUUAAAUGGCUGUGAACCACGUAAAAUUAAAGUCAUGGGCCCAUACACAUUUAGCAUUGGAGACACAACUACCUUUUCAAAAUAUGCUAGAGGUGGUAUUGUAACUCAAGUUAAGAUGCCCAAAAAACUUCAUUUUAAACCACUUAGUGAAUCUUUGAAAGAACCAGAAUAUCUAAUUACUGAUUUUGCUAAGAUGGACUAUCCUCAACAGCUGCAUGUGGCAUUUGCUGCAUUACAUAAGUUUGAACAAGCUGAAGGGUUUACUCCUAAACCUUGGUGUGAUGCCGAUGCAUCCAAGUUUAUUGAUUAUGUCAAAAAUAUUCUAAAGGAUGGUGAAAUGUUUAAAGAAGGUGAAAUGGAAAUUAAUACAGACUUAAUGGAAAUAUUUUCAAAGGUUUCUUCUGGUGAUCUUAACCCAAUGAAUGCUUCUAUUGGAGGUGUUGUGGCCCAAGAAGUAAUGAAAGCUUGUUCUGGAAAAUUCCACCCCAUUGUCCAGUGGUUGUACCUAGAUGCUAUUGAAUGCCUUCCUAAAGAUAAGUCUGCACUAACUGAGGAAAACUGUAAGCCAAUUGGUUCACGGUAUGAUGGUCAAGUUGCUGUAUUUGGUAAAGACUUCCAAAGGAGGAUUGGUGAACUAAAGUAUUUUAUUGUUGGCGCGGGCGCUAUAGGAUGUGAAUUAUUGAAGAACUUUGCAAUGAUUGGUGUUGGCGCUGCUGGUGGUCAAGUUACUCUUACCGACAUGGAUCUCAUUGAGAAAUCAAACUUAAACCGACAGUUCCUUUUCAGGCCUCACGACGUUCAGAAACCUAAGUCCAGUACUGCAGCUAAAGCAGUGAAGAAGAUGAAUCCAUCAAUGAAUGUGUUGGCCCAAGAAAACAGAGUAUGCCCUGAGACUGAAUCUGUGUAUGACGAUGCAUUCUUUGAGGCCUUGGACGGAGUUGCCAAUGCUUUAGAUAAUCUGGAUGCUAGAAUUUAUAUGGACAGACGAUGUGUCUACUACAGGAAACCUUUGUUAGAGAGUGGAACUCUUGGUACUAAGGGAAAUACACAGGUUGUAGUGCCCUUCUUAACAGAAUCGUACAGCUCGUCUCAAGAUCCCCCAGAGAAGAGUAUUCCUAUCUGUACUCUGAAGAAUUUCCCAAACGCGAUCGAACACACGCUCCAAUGGGCUCGUGAUGAGUUUGAAGGUCUAUUCCGACAAGCAGCCGAACAUGCCGCACAGUACCUCCAGGAUCCUCAUUUCCUGGAGCGGAGUAUGAAGCUACCUGGUACACAGCCCCUCGAUGCCUUGGAGAGUGUGCGAAAUGCAAUAAAUGACCGACCCCUCAACUUCGACGACUGCAUCACGUGGGCUCGUCUACACUGGGAAGCUCAGUAUUCCAACCAAAUCAAACAGCUCCUCUACAACUUUCCUCCAGACCAGGUCACCACCAGUGGAGCACCGUUCUGGUCCGGUCCCAAGAGAUGUCCGGCUCCCCUGGCCUUCGACCCCAACGACAACCUUCACUUGGACUAUGUUAUCGCAGCUGCUAACUUGAGAGCCCAAGUUUAUGGAUUGCCUCCUUGUGUGGACAGAGAGCAUAUUGCAAAGCUGGCUAAUAGCAUACAGGUACCAGACUUUAAACCGCGCUCGGGCGUCAAGAUCGCAGUGACGGACGCUCAGCUGCAGCAAAACAACGACGACAUGGACCAAGAUCGAGUGAAAAACAUCGUGGCAGAUCUUCCGCCUGCUUCGAAACUCGGCAAUCUCAAGAUAACUCCCCUGGACUUCGAAAAGGACGACGACUCCAACUUCCACAUGGACUUCAUCGUGGCCGCGUCGAACCUGCGAGCGGCCAACUACAGCAUACCGCCGGCCGACAGACAUCGCUCCAAGCUGAUCGCCGGAAAGAUCAUCCCGGCCAUCGCCACCACCACCUCUGUGGUCGCCGGACUCGUCUGCCUCGAGCUGUACAAGCUGGCCCAAGGGUUCGACUCCCUCGACGUCUUCAAGAACGGAUUCGUCAAUCUCGCGCUGCCCUUCUUCGGAUUCUCGGAACCGAUCUCGGCCCCGACCAACAAGUAUUACGAGAAGGAAUGGACCCUCUGGGACCGCUUCGAGGUCAAAGGCGAAGUGACGCUGCAGGAGUUCAUCGACUACUUCAAGAAUACGCACAAGCUGGAGAUCACGAUGCUGUCGCAGGGAGUGUGCAUGCUGUACUCGUUCUUCAUGCCGAAGGCCAAGCGCCAGGAGAGGCUGAACCUUCCCAUGUCGGAGGUCGUCACGAAGGUCUCCAAAAAGAAGCUGGAGCCCCACGUGAAGGCCUUAGUGUUCGAACUGUGCUGUAACGACGAGCAGGGCGAGGACAUCGAAGUGCCCUACGUGAAAUAUACUUUGCCUUAAUGCAGAGUCCCGCGGACGAAGGCCGGAGUCGCCGACGCAUUUACGAAUUUUCACAUAAAGAGGGUAUUUUUAAAGGCAGUUAGUUAAUAGGUAUUACGAGUGCCUCAGUGUUUGUACAGACGUCGAUAAAUUUCAGUGCUUCUCACGCUUCCGUUCGUAUUUAAAGCGAUUUAUUUGCUCACUUUGAGUGCUAUUUCAUUUAUUUUUUGGAAUAUUAUGUGAGAUCAAAUGGGUCUGUAUAUGAAGAAAUUAAAAAUAAAAUUUGAGGUA